GGGCAGGGCCGCUCCUGAGGAGGCGGAAGGCUGUGACUGCGCAGAGUUCUCCGGCGGCCGUCCCGUCCCGUCCCGUCCCGUCCCGGCGCGGUGUGCGUGAGGAGAUUCCUCUCCAGUGAGCUGUCACCCACCCCCCCAGGGCGUGGGGCUUUGUGCGAGGGUGGUGCUUUGGACUUUCACCGCGCUUUUAUUGGGGCUAGCUGUACCCUUUUAAUCUUUAAAUAGCUGCAGCGAGGGAGGAACGGAGAGAUAAACGAGGAAAAAGCAUCCUCUGGCUUUCUGACAUUCUGCGCUUCAGGCAUGCUGUGUCUUCCCCAGCGAAAUUAGCGUCUUCCCCUGGACUCCAGCAAGCGGCAGUGCCGCCCUCCGAGGUGCUUGUGGUGCUUCGCAGGCUGUGACCGGUUUUUGCAGCUUUUCUGGGCAGGUACAAACCCGGGCUCCAGGCUGUGUAAACCCGGGGAUGCCUUUCCGUUGCCUGCUACUGGCUUUAUUUUCACUGUUCACUUUCUGUAGUUCCACAGGGCUCUUUCUGCUAAACUUCCCGUCAUCUUUCCUGCACUGUGACUGUGGCUGUCAUGAAUAUGUUGUCUACGUGAUUGUCCAUAGUUUGCAUUCUGCUUUAACAGUGGGAAGCUGCUGAGAGAAUACAAGGAUUUGUACUCGUGCUCUUUUAAAGCACAGCAUCCCAUUUAGUCCCUUUGACAUCUUUAACAGGAAAAUACAGCAGAGGUUUGUUUUCAGUUCAUCUGAGCACUGAAGGCCUUACUGGACUACAGAUUGUUCACAGUCUAUUGCUGGAUGAUAAAAAAAAAUAUUUUGGCUCCCUCUCUGCUAAAAAUAUAACCCACUGCUAACAAUAGUGUGGCAUUUGUGGGUUCAUCAUGGAGCACAAGUUUCUGUGCUUGUGUGAAAUCCUUGUGAGGCUAUUGGGGCCUUAUGGAUCCCCACCAACAUAAACUAAAAAAUUGUAAAAUAAAAGCAGUGGUAGUUGUCAGCAGCUCCGUUUUGUAUAACUUCCUUAUUUGGUACUGCAGCAACAUGGUACUUCAGUUAUAAAAGUGUUUUAUCAGUAUUUAAUUAAUUCUCAACACACAGGUUAAAUACAAUAGUUUUCUAUUCUGGUUUUGAAUCUUGGAAAGUCAAAACACUGCUAAAAUUCCUUGAGAGUGUGGUUCUCUACAGAAUUAGGGGAAGAGAGGCUAGCAUUCAGUGGUAGCAUUCAUCAACAAUGAAGGAGAAUAAAAUCUUCACUCAAGGGAGAGAAAAACUGCCAGGGAUAAACUUUGAGCAGGUUUCAGCCCUAUUUCCUGCUUUCUGACAGGUAUUCCAAAGUUCACUUGGGCUUUAACAGUGGCAAUUUUCUUCUCCUUCCUAGUGCAGUGAGGGUUACUGCUCCUUAUUGUGCAGUAGACUGCACUUUGACUGGCUUUGACGUCUAUUUGACUGGAUUGCUGUCCUUUUGGGCAUUUUUACAGGGAGGUAUGAGUGUGUUCUAGCCCUUCCUACCUACAACGCCCGGGCUCUCGGUUGAACCUCACGCUGUUGAGGAAGCAGGAAGAUCCUUCAGGGAGGGCGGCUGCCUGAGCGGGAGGGGAAUGGCAGUCUUUGCAGACUGUGCAUUCUUUGUUAAAGUUAAAUACUUGCCCAUUCAGGAGAAGAGCAGGCUGAAAGCAUGCAUACAAGAAAAUGGUGGAGUAGUUAAUUAUGUGCUUAAUCACAAAAGUACACACAUUCUUGUGGACACCGCUGAUGUCCUCAGCUGUCGUGAUCGAAAAACUAUUCAGAAGUAUCAGCUGCCUGUUUUAAGUCCAGAUUUCGUUUGGAAAUCAGCUGAAAAGGGGAAGCUUUUACAGAUCGAUGCAUUUAAGGUUAAUAUAUCACAAGAUGACACAUCUGACCGAAGGCAGGAUGUGGAAAACCUGUCAUCUCCUGAAAAUAAAAAUGCCACAAAGAAAAAUGAAAACGACUAUUCCAACCUUACUAAAGACAGCGAGAGAAGAAUUGAGUCCAAAGUGGGGACUCUUAGAUUUUACAGUGAAAAUGAUCAAGAUACUCCUUUUUUCCCCCAAGAUUUUGAAGUUGCAAAAUACAGCGUCCUUGAAAAAGUCAACUCCAUGGAAAGCAAAGAUUUUGUAGUUGUUGAAUUACAGUGUUCACAAGAGCUUUGCGAGUUCCCGUUUCGACUAUAUGCAAACUUCAGUACAUCAGAUGGAACAAAGAAUAAUAAGCAAUUUGUAACUAAUACUCCUGAAGAAAUAAGAGAAAAGUACGAGACUUUCAUUGCAGACUUGAAGAAACAGGAUUUCCUGCUCAGAGAAACAUUUCCACCAGAAGCAGAACAUUUAGCUUCUACAAAAUUGCAACAGUUACAUCUAGAAGAAGCCAUCUAUUCAAGUGCUAUAUGUCAGGAAGUUAGUGAUUUUGUGGAACUGAUAUGGGCAGAAGCUGUUGGCCACCUGGAUAAUUUGCUACUUGAAUCAGUAAACAACAUAAGUCUAAAUGAUGUGAGCAAAGCAGAAGGUAUUUUACUCCAAGUAAAAAAUGCACUGGAUGAAGGAGCUGGCGAGGUGGCACUGCAAGAGAUGAUGAUGGAAUUCUAUCGAGUUAUACGUCACAAAACUGAAAUAGACUAUAAAGUUUCCAAAAAGCUGUUAUCUAAGAAACAGGACCUGUGUCAGCUAAUCAGAGACAUGCUUAAUAUACGUGAAACGAAUAUCUCAUGCCCAAACCCGUCAUCUUUGGCCAAAUACCAGGCUCUGAGGUGCAAGAUUGAAGCUGUUGACUCGAGGAGUUCUGAAUUUCAAGAUGUUGAACAACUAGUGUUAAAAAACAAUUACAGUAACUGUUCAGUGAGAAUUUUACAAGUGUAUAGGGUUGGCAGAGUAACUGAAAGAGCAGAAUUUCUGAGCAGUCUUGGAAACAUUCGAUCCUUAUUCCAUGCAUCAUCUGUGCGCAACUUCAUGGGAAUUCUUUCCAGAGGGCUGCUAUUGCCGAAAGUGGUUGUUGAAGAUCACGGCCUGGAGAGAACUGACAUUGGGAAUCUGGGCAGUGGCAUUUACUUCAGUGAUUCUGUUAGUGCCAGUAUUAAGUAUUCUUCACCCAGUGAAAUGGAUGGGACCCGGCUCCUGGCAGUUUGUGACGUGGCACUUGGAUCCUGCUUAGAUCUGUAUGAGCGAGAUUAUUCAUUAAAUAAAGCACCAUCAGGUUUUGACAGUGUGCAUGGAGUCCGUAGAACAGGAGACAUCUCUUCAGACUUUGAGGAUGAUGAAUUUGUUGUGUAUGAGACCCGUCAGGUUAAAAUUAUGUAUGUCGUUAAGUUUUGCCUUGCUGAAGAUCAAAUAAAGCAAUUCCAGCCUGAAGUUGGGAUGGAACUGGAGAAAGAUAACCAUGAGCCAGAGUCGCAAUGUCAUUUACAGCAUGAGAGCUAUGAAUUACCAAAUGCAAAUCUUUCGAAUUCUGUAAAAACUGGUCUUCAGGACAGAUUGGGAAAUCCUGUCCCUCUGGAAGGUAUUUACAUCAAAGCGAGGAUAAUAGACUUUGUAGCACAGGUAGUAAUGUUUCAGACCUACACCAAUCAAAACAGUAAACCGAUUGAAGCUAAAUAUGUCUUUCCUUUGGAUGAUAAAGCUGCUGUUUGUGGAUUUGAAGCUUUUAUCAAUGGAAAACACGUCAUUGGAGAGGUUAAAGAAAAGAAACAAGCACAUAGGGAGUAUCGGAAAGCGAUCAGUCAGGGUGAUGGAGCCUAUCUAAUGGACCAAGAUGCACCGGAUGUUUUUGUAAUAAGUGUUGGAAACUUACCUCCAAGUUGUACAGUUGUGAUCAAAAUCACCUAUAUCACUGAACUGAGUUUUCAGCAUGGUUGCAUCACCUUUCAUCUGCCUGCUUCUGUGUCACCAUGGCAACAGGACAAAGCAUUAAAUGAAAAGACACAGCAUACAGUAAAAAAGGUUUGUGUUAAAGGAGUAAGACGACAGAAAAAUGGAUUUUCUGUGGAUAUGUCUAUUGAGAUGCCAUCUACUAUUGAACGCAUACACAGUUGGACACAUGAACUUAAAAUAAAGAAAACAGACUGCAAGGCUGUAAUUAAGACUGUGGAGAACAGCUCUUUGGACAUUAGUGGCUUUGUUCUAGAUAUCUGGAUUUCUCAGGUCUACCUUCCUCGAAUGUGGGUGGAGAAGCAUCCCAACAAAAGGAGUGAGGCUUGCAUGCUUGUAUUCCAACCAGAGUUUGAAACAGCACUUGAAGAGGAGCACCUGUGCAGUGAAUUUAUUAUUUUAUUAGAUUGCUCGAAUUCUAUGGCAGGUCCAGCUCUACACCAAGCAAAGCAGAUUGCUUUACGUGUUUUGGAACUACUUGGUUACAGACAAAGAGUGAAUGUAAUCAAAUUUGGCACAAAUUUCACAGAGUUUUCUUCUUUUUCAAUGAAUAUCAUAAAUGAUGUGGAAUCACUGAAAAAGUUUAUUAUGUCUGCUACUGCAACAUCGGGAAACACUGAUUUAUGGAAGACCUUACGUUACUUAAGUCUGCUGUUUCCUUCUCAAGGACACCGGAACAUUCUUCUUAUAUCAGAUGGGCACAUUCAGAAUGAGAAUGUGACCUUCCAGAUUGUGAAAGAUAAUGUCCAACAUACAAGGUUAUUUACAUGUGGCGUUGGUUCCACAGCAAAUCGACACAUGCUGAGAUCUUUGUCCCAAUAUGGUGCUGGAGCAUUUGAAUACUUUGACCUGAAAUCAAAGUGUAACUGGGAGACAAAGAUACAGAGCCAGGUGUCUAGAAUACUGUCUCCAGGAUGCAGUUCAGUUUCUAUUAAAUGGCAACAGUUUAAUAUAGACGCACCAGAGCCAAUGCAGGCUCCUGCUCAAAUACAGUCUUUAUUUAACAACGAGAGACUUCUUGUCUAUGGAUUCAUCCCUCACUGUACGCAGGCCACCUUAAGAGCAAUAAUAAAUGAUCAAGAACUACAGACUGUGGUGUCAACUACUGAACUACAGAAGACGACAGGAACAGUUCUGCACAAACUUGCAGCAAGAGCUUUCAUUAACGACUACGAAGAUGGGAUUCUUCAUGAGAAUGAAACAGAACAUGAGAUGAAGAAACAAACCCUGAAAAACAUGAUUAUUCAGCUCAGCUUGGAGAACUCAAUUAUAAGCCAGUUUACAAGCUUCGUUGCAGUUGAGAAAAGGGAUGCUAGUGAAACUUGUUCUGCUGAUGCUCCAAACAUCCUGGAAAUUAUAGCUCAAGAAGAUGUAGAUUUUUUACCUUACAUGGACUGGGACCAACAGACAAUGGAAUCUGACUCCUUAAUUGGAGGCCUUACUUGUACCUCAGCACGUUUCACAGAAGUAGACAGUGUUAAUUCAGCUGUUUGCCUAAGUGAGAAAGAUGAACCUGAAAGCUUGCAAUUGCAAUCAGAAGAAGUUCCUGUUAGUCAGAAGAGCACGUCACCAAAGAACAUGGCGCAGGACUCUGUAAAUGUUCCUGAACUUGAAAGUGAUAUUUGCAGUCUCCUAUCAGCUUUCAGUUUUGAUAGAGAUAUCACAACGAAGAGAACAUCGUCAGGAACAAUGUCACCUUCACCACAAGAGCUUCAUCCGCUCCAAGUUGCUGAACUUUCCACAUCAGUUGGUUUUAAACCUAAGCCAGGAGGAGGAAUUGAUCUGACUCAACAAAAAUCACUUCAGUCACCUGCACUUAAAAAAUCAGAUGUUUGUCUGGAUUCCCCUCAACGUGCUCCUCCUCCUCCUCCUCCCCUUGUCGGUGCUGCUCCAAUGUUGGUGAAAGGUGCGGAACAAGCUGAUUCUUCUGGUGCUGCUCCGAUGCAGCCUUUAGUAUUUUGUUCGGCUGCCCGUUUUGGUGCUCCAAUACAGAAAUCUUCAUUUGGCUCAGCUCCCCCUUGUCCUACUCCAGCACAGGGUUUUGGAUUUGGUUCAGCUACCACUUUUGGUGCUCCGAUAGGGAGUUCUUCAUUUGGCCAAGCUCCCCCUUGUGCUGCUCCACCGCAGGGUUUUGGAUUUGGUUCAGCUAUCCCUUCUGUUACUCCACUGCAGAAUUCUUCAUUUGGUUCAGCUGCCCCUUGUGCUGCUCCGGUGCAGCGUUUUCGAUUUGGUUUAGCUGCCCCUUGUGCUGCUCCGAUGCAGGAUUCUGUAUCAGGUUCAGCUGCCCCUUGUGCUGCUCCAUUGCAGCAUUUUCGAUUUGGUUUACCUGCCCCUUGUGCUGCUCCGAUGCAGGAUUCUGUAUCAGGUUCAGCUGCCCCUUGUGCUGCUCCAAAGCUGAGUUCUCUGCUUGGCUCAGCUACCCCUCCCUGCACAAAUUCUGAAAUGACUAAAAAACGAGUUGGUCUCAAAGCUCCUGUUGGUAAAGCUUAUACAAAAGAGUCAUCGCACCAGAUGAAGCACUGUAUGAAAAAAGCAGUAUGUCAGCCUGACGUUAUGGCUCCUGAAGAAGGAUUUACUGAGGAAUUCAAGGCUGUGGAACAAUUAAAGAGCUUCAAGAGGACAAAGAAAGGCAAGAUUCAACAGAGAAAUGAGUUGACUUCUGUAAACUGGAAAGAAAUUUUUGUGCUCCAAAAUCAGGAUGGCUCUUGGAAUCUCAGUCUGCAGUUGGGAAAAAUCUUGAAAUUUGAUGCUGAUGAUUUAAUUAACAAUUUCCUUAUUAAAAAAGGCAUUCAGUCACUUGGCCCAAAUGGAAAAGAAAAGCUACUGCAGUUGAUCGCUACUCUUCUUGUGCUACAGUUCAUACGCUGCAAAAAGGAAUUUAAAGGGAUAGUUUUCAAAACCCUGAUGAAACUGGAUGAUUCAUCUAAUUCAAGUGCUGUUCAUUGGGCUUAUGAGUCGAUCAAGAAGGCAGUUGAGUGGGUAAGAAGAACUGAAAGGCAAUUUCCAUCUAUUUGCUAUCGACUUGAACUUGGGAAAGACUGGGAUUCUGCCACCAAGAAAAUACUGGGUAUCAAGUUUAUCUAACGUCAAUUCUCCUUCUACUGAAAAUAUUUAAUCACAUAAUAGCAGAGUUAGCUUUCUUUGCAGUCUUACAUAAAAUGUUUAAAUUGAGAAAAUUUGUUCUUAUAUCAUUACUGAAUAAUAAUUCUCAUAGUCACAGACAAAAGUAUGGAAUUGAGUCUUAGUGAGUCUUGAUUUUACAUAUAUGUAGUAUUUUACUUGUAACUGUUAAAGAUACCAUAACAUUUCCAUUUUUUACAGCAGUCUUUUCAGUUCAUUGCACAUUAUAAGAACUCCUUUUAUAAUAUCUUUGUUUUGAUUUCUCCUAAAAUCUUAUGUACUUCUUUAAUGGCACAGUAAAGAAAGCAUCAUGUAGUAAUUUAGUUAAAUAUGGCAGGAGAUGUUUGGACAGAUAUAAGAAUGUGAUAAACAAAGAACUAAUAAAUAUCUUCAUAACAUAUCA